AUGCGACCCUCGCUGCCGUCUCUCCUCCCGGCCGCCGUCGUUUGCCUCGCCGGCACCGCCGCCGCCGCCUUUCACGCCGUGCCGGCCUACUACCUCGCGUCGACCAGCGACGAUGCCGCGCUGCGGCCGCCCGACGACGUGCGCCCGCACAUCAAAGCCUACAACCUGUCGGUGCCCGUCGACCACUUCCACAACGAGACCAAGUACGCGCCGCACUCGCACGACACGUUCCCGCUGCGGUACUGGCUCGACACGACGCACUACCGCCCCGGCGGGCCCGUCAUUGUGCUGCACUCGGGCGAGUUUGACAGCGCCGGCCGCCUUGCCUACCUCGACCACGGCAUCGUGCCCCUCCUCGCGGCCGCCACCGGCGGCCUCGGCCUCGUCCUUGAGCACCGCUACUACGGCACUAGCUGGCCCGUCCCCGACGCGUCCACGCACCACAUGCGCUUCCUCACCACCGCCCAGGCCCUCGCCGACACGGCCUACUUUGCGCGCCACGUGGCGUUUCCCGGCCUCGAGCACGUCAACUUGACGGCGCCGGCCGCGCCCUGGAUCAUCUAUGGCGGGUCAUACGCCGGCGGCUUGGCGGCCAUGGCCCGCAAGCUCUACCCGGACGUCUUCUGGGGCGGCAUCUCCUCGUCGGGCGUCACGGCAGCCGUGGACAGGUUCUGGGAGUAUCACGAGGCGUUUCGCCACUUUGCCCCGGACGGCUGCUCCGACGCCCAGCAGGCGCUGACGGACAUUGUCGAUGCCAUUCUCUUUGGCGGUGACCAGGACGAGGUCGACGACUUGAAGACCAUGUUUCACCUCGCCGGUCUGCAGGACGACGAGUUUGCGACGACGAUUACCGGCGCGCUCAGCGGCUUGCAGUCGACCAACUGGGCGACCGAGGACGACGAGGACGCCCUCAGCUUCUACUGCGCCGCCAUUACCUCGACCGCGCGCCUCUUCGCCAGCACCGCCCACCUCGCGGCCAAGGCCAGGCACUUUACCAAGCUCGGCGGCCACGGCCACAACCUCGAACAGCGCUCGGCACAGCUGCUCAAUUGGGCGGGCUACAUUCGCAACAUGGACAAAAAGGCCAAGAGGUCCAGCUGCAAAGGACUCUCGAACCCGGAAUGCUACUCUCAGCGACACUUUCCGGACGAGACGGCCAUUUCGAACGACAUGUACCGUCCCUGGCUGUGGCAGACAUGCACAGAAUGGGGCUACUUCCAAAACGGCGAGGAUGUCCCCAAGGACCGUCUUCCCCUGCUCUCGCGCGCCGUCACCGUCGCGUACUCGACCAGCAACUGCCGCCGCUUCUUCAACAUAACCACGCCGCCCGACGUCGACAUCAUCAACCAGCACGGCGGCUUCAACUUUAGCUACCCGCGCCUCGCCAUCAUUGACGGCAGGCAGGACCCCUGGCGCGCCGCCACCCCGCACGCCGACGGGCAGCCGGACCGCGUCUCCACCACCUCGGAGCCGUACCUCGUAAUCGACUGGGGCGUGCACCACUGGGACGAGUUUGGCGCCCGCCCCGGCCUGCACGAAAAGGGCCUGCCCCCGCCACAGGUCGUCGACAACCAGCGCCGGCAGGUGGAAUUCGUCAGGGCCUGGCUGAAGGAAUGGCGUGCGGACAAGGGGAGGGAAGCGCAAGAGGAGGAGGAGGACUCGGGAUGCUCGUUGCAGAUCCUUGCACAUUGCUUAUCAGCCCACGCAUCGAUAGAUGAGAAGCCCAAACACUGGACCGUGUUUUAUGUUGCGCCAGCGGGCGCUGCAGCGGAUGCAGUUAGCUAA